CUACAGCUGUGAGCAUGGCGUCGGCGCUCGGUCGCCUGGCCAGGCUGUCGGCCCUCAGAAACGCCCGCACCUCUCCCUCCGGCGGACCGGGCAGAGCGGUGACUCCGUGCCGGACAGCUGUGUGCACAUCAUCCGGUGGCAUUCUGCCCAAACCCAAGAAGACCCCCUUCGGCCUAAUCCGGAUUGCUCUGGUAGUGGUGCCCUUCUUGUAUGUGGGGACUCUGAUCAGCAAGAACUUUGCUGCGCUGCUGGAGGAGCACGACAUCUUUGUCCCCGAGGACGAUGACGAUGACGACUGAAGGAUCAUCCUGUUUUGUCACCACCUCCGGGAGAGGUCUGUGAGCCUCCGAGCAGAUUAAUGCCUUUCUCUGCUGUCGUCUUAAGUCGCUUCUGUCUGCACUGGAUUCAGGGUUUUUGCUGUUACUGACACUACGACAGGGCUGUUCCAGGCCGUUCGUAGUGCACUGUAUUUGCAUGCACUACUUUAAGUCUUAAUAAACGGGAUUGACAAUUGUAAAAUGCCGGUAGAAGUUGAUAGCAUCUGUCAUACAUGUGAUACCUGAAUGUAACAAACUAUGAUGACAACAUUAGUAGUCAUUGUUUAUGAGAUGAGUCUGUCCUGAAAUCUGCUUUGAAUGAAACACCAAUCAAAAUAUAAUCUAAAGAAUAAACUGAAUAAAUACCAACUUAGAGGUGCUGCCUACCUUCAGUACAGGAUUUACCUACAUAAAAUACUAGACCAACAGCUCUUACUUCUAUCUUUAAAGGGACGGUUCAUUUAAACUCUCCAAAUGACCGACGUUGUGAAAAGCUUCAUUGAAACUGUU